AUGGACUCUACUUCUACAACAUCCUUUGCUGCUGCUGCCAGCCCCUACUUCGACUCCCUCCUCCGUCGACGUCAAACUAAGAAAAUGAGCAUCACUCAAACAUACUACCUCGCCCAUACCGCCCGGAAGAAGCUCACUCGUGAAGCUUCCCGGGCAGACCAUGAUCUGCGUCUCCUCGUCGGCCACGCCAACCUUCUUGAUUCCCUCAUGUUUGAUCUCGCCGACGCCGAGCGCGAGCAAGAGCGCUGGUUCAACCAAACCGUCAGUGGUGCAACCAAGACUUCCCCCACCCGCCAACACAUCCAAUGGGCCUCGACCGUGGUCGAAGAGCCAGAAGAGUGGGAAGAGGAGGAAUCUGAUCUGGAAUCCGAUCUCAGCGACAGUGACGACUCCGACUUUGACGAAUCCGAAUUCGUCAUCAACACCCCCCGUCGUCGCGCUCCUUCACCCGUGGCUCCUUUCCACGAUGACCUUCUUGAGGAAGACGAGGGCGAGGAUACCGAUUCAGACUUUGAAUACGAUGAUGCAGAGGACCUGGAUGAGCUGAGCUUGACUCGCUCACCGUCCCGCCAAUCACCGCCCGAACUCCUUGCUGAUUCGGACGGUGAAUCAGAGGAUGAGGCGACACCGCCGUCGCCCCCUCAACCAACCCUCGAGGCCUUCGACGAGAAGGAGUCUGCUACUCUUGCAGUGGCGGGCUCUGAUCCAUCCGAUCUCUUUGAGCAAGGGUAUUUUGGUGCACGCGAGCAGAUCAUUGAGGCUUACUAG